AUGUCCAAAGCCGUUGUCAAGACGACCUUUGAGGCGUCUCGAAUCCUUCGUCCCAUCUAUACUGGCGGAAGCACCGCACUCGAUGCCACCGGCCGACUACUGGUGACCUGCGUUAACGAAGAUGCGCUCAUCGUUGAUCUGGAGUCUGGCGACCAGCUCGCAACACUUGAAGGAGAUGGAGAGAUCAUUACCAGCUUAACCAUUACCCCUUCAGCAUCACAUGUUAUUCUCUGCUCCCGGUCGAUGUCGAUGCGCAUAUACUCUUUAACCCCUUACGACGAUACCUCCAGCGCUAUAGAGACAAAACUCGUCAGGAGUCUGAAACCCCACACUGCACCUGUUGUAACGACCGCCACGGAUCCGACGGGCACUCUUUUGGCAACCGGAGCUGCGGAUGGCUCAAUCAAGGUCUGGGAUAUCCGGGGUGGUUAUAUUACACACAGUUUCCAUGGACAUGGCGGCGUUAUCUCGGCGCUGUGCUUCUUCCAGUCGCCUUUCUCAGAGACCGACGGCAAAUCGUCUUCCAAAAAGAACAGAUCAAAGCGGAAAAGCGAAGAUGAGGACGAAGAUAUGUCGGACGCGGACACCCCUGCCAGCUCUCUCGGCGCCUUUCGGCUGGCCUCCGGGAGUGAGGAUGGUAAAGUGCGCGUUUGGGAUUUGAACAAGAGAAAGUCCAUAGCGUCUCUCGACUCACACGUUUCGGUUGUGCGCAGUCUAUCAUACUCGUCAAUGGAGAACGCACUACUGUCUGCCGCCCGUGAUAAGACCGUCAUUGUGUGGGACAUGCGAACAUUCAAGACACGAAGGAUAAUUCCGGUCCUCGAAAGCGCCGAGGCUGCUUCCUUCGUUGCAGAGGGCGGUCUAUGCCUGGUUGGAGGGGAAAACGGCAGACUGCGAGUCUGGGAUUGUAACAGAGGUGGAGAGGUAACGAUAGAACAGGAGGCAGCUCCCGAAUUUGAGGCAGUAAUCGCGCUUCAUUAUACCCCUGGGAUGUCCUUCGCUAUGACUGUGCACGCCGACCAAACCCUAAGGCUCCAUUCUCUCGAACCCUUGUACGGCUACAAACCUGGCUCUACACUUGAUCCGUUGCCAGUCGUGAGGCGCAUCUCGGGCAAUGAUGAUGAUAUUAUCGAUGUCGCCUACGUUGGUCCUGAUCGGUCUCUGCUGGCUUUGGCAACCAACACCGAAAGCAUUCGUGUUGUCUCAGUUGCGCCGUCCGAGGACAGGCCCACGGCCCAGAAGCAAGAGUAUUUCGGUGCUGAUGUCGCACAUUUGGACGGUCACGACGAUAUUAUCAUCUGCAUCGAUGUAGACUGGUCAGGCCACUGGCUAGCCACAGGUGCAAAGGACAAUACCGCGCGUCUCUGGCGGCUCGACCCGAAGACAUCAUCUUACACAUGCUUUGCCGUUCUGACAGGACAUGCAGAGUCCCUAGGAGCUAUCAGCUUUCCACGAGGUUCGCCGCAACCGAAUACCCCAGCACACAACGAUCCAGUGAAUCACCCUCCCCCAUUCAUUAUCACGGGCUCCCAGGAUCGUACCAUCAAGCGCUGGAAUACGGCCAAACUGGGACCGGUAACUUCCGAUGAACCACACACGCCAAAGGCGUUGUUCACUCGCAAAGCUCACGACAAAGAUAUCAAUGCUCUCGACGUGAGCCCAUCAUCUGAACUAUUCGCAUCAGCGUCACAAGACCGGACCGUCAAAAUCUGGUCUGCCGACGAUGGAACUGCUCUGGGUGUUUUGCGCGGACACAAGAGAGGAGUUUGGUCGGCGCGUUUCUCACCGCGGGGCACACCAACCCUCAGCGCUGACGCAAAAAGCAGCACCAAUAGAGGCAUGAUCGUUACAGGCUCCGGUGAUAAAACCGUCAAAUUAUGGAGCUUGUCGGAUUAUAGCUGUCUGCUUACAUUCGAGGGUCACACCAACAGCGUGCUCAAAGUACUCUGGCUUCCCCCUCCUGACAUGUCGAGCAAAGCCAAAGACGAUGAGGAUGAAGAAAUGGGAGCACCAGCAAACGGAGUGGCUCUACAGCUGCGGCCUCUUGUAGCGUCUGCAGCCGCAGACGGUCUGGUCAAGGUCUGGUCUCCCUACACUGGCGAGCUUGAGACUACGCUGGAUAACCAUACGGACCGUGUCUGGGCCCUGGCCAGUCCUACCCCAUCCGGUUCACGCGACAAUUCCAAGUCCUCAUUCCCAUAUGCCCUCGCCUCUGGUUCGGCAGACUCCACAGUCACCUUCUGGACCGACACUACAUCUGCAACCUACACCGCAGCAGUCAAUGCCAAUUCAGCCCGCGUCGAGCAAGACCAGCAACUACAGAAUUACAUUGUCGCAGGAGCUUACCGCGAAGCCAUCACACUCGCCCUCCAACUCAAUCACCCAGGCCGCCUCCUCUCCCUCUUUAAUACUGCCAUCGAAGCCGCCGAUGACCCUAAUGCGAGCGAUGAACAAAAGCAGGACCGCGCCAACAGCCUCACUGGUAACUCUUCCAUCGAUGAGGUCCUCCAAACCCUCGACCCCGAAAACCUCUUUGCCCUCGUCCUCCGCCUGCGAGACUGGAACACAAAUGCCCGCCACUCCAAGAUCGCUCAGCGAAUCCUAUUCGCACUCUUCAGAUCCUACCCCGCUUCAACAUUCGUCGAGCUCGCCUCAUCAAAGAUGGUAAAGCGUAGCCCCGAUGGCCGUGCAGCAGCAGCCAUGAAAGACAUCCUGCAGGCUCUGGCCGCAUACACAGAACGUCACUACCGCCGUGUCGAGGAGCUCGAGGACGAAAGUUAUCUCGUGGAAUGGGUUCUCGGUGAGAUGGAAGGCGGCGUUGGCCUCAGUGCGCUGGGUGCUCCCUCCUCACAAGGGGCCAUCAACGGUAUCGUCUCCGGUCCCUACGAUGUGCCCCAGCACGAGAAGGACGUGGUCAUGCUGGGGGCAUGA